GUCACGUGAAAGUCUUGUAAAAUGGCUGCCCCCUUGGAGUUGUACUGUUGGAAAGGCGACUAUGGAUUACCUUCAAUAGAUGUCGACUGUUUGACUGUGCUGGCCUAUGCUAAGUUCUCAGGCGCUCCCCUCAAAGUUCACAAAAUCACCAACCCAUGGAGAAGCCCUACAGGUACUCUGCCUGCUCUGAAGACCAGGGAAGAAGGAAGCAUCUCCCAACCCAGUAAGAUCAUCAUUCAUCUCAGGAAACAGAAGUACAAUGCAGACUACGACCUGUCAGCAAAGGAAGGUGCAGAUACGCUUGCCUUUGUUUCUCUACUGGAGGAGAAAUUGCUACCAGCACUGGUCUACACACUGUGGAUAGACUCUAAAAACUAUGUGGAUGUUACACGGUGCUGGUAUACAGAAAACAUCCCCUUCCCUCUCAACUUUCUGUUGCCCAACCGCAUGCACGGCCAGCAGCUGGAGAGGCUGAGACUCGUGAGGGGCGACCCAAUCCUGGAACCCGGUGAACAGCUGGAGAAAGAGCUUUAUCGUGAUGCAUUUGAAUGCAUGACCCACCUAUCGCAAAGACUGGGCUCACAAAAGUUCUUCUUUGGCGAUUCUCCCUCAUCAUUGGACGCGUAUGUGUUUGCACACCUGGCUCCUUUGUUGAAGAUCAAGCUGCCAAACGGAAAGCUUCAGCAACACUUCAACUCUCUGAACAACCUGCAACAGUUCUGCACCAACAUCCUUGGACUCUACUUCCCUUCUGAUGUGCGAGAGCCUCCAGCUCGCAAGAGGCAUGUUCAGCCUGAGAGCGGCGACUUCGACAAUGAGCCCCACAAGCGCCGUAACCAGAUUAUUUCUGUUCUGUUUGCCAUGGGAGCCAUGCUUGGGUACGCUAUCUUCACAGGGAUUGUGACAAUCAGGCGCGAGCAGCCACAGCUGAAGAACUCUAGCCACAAUGAAGAGGAAGAAGAUGAGGACUAAAUGAAGGAUAGGUGUUACCAGGAACAACAAGCGUAUUUUAAUUCUCACCAGCCAUUCAGAGUGGAGCCGCACAUACGAUUACCUCAGCUCUUUUUAAAUCUCCUGUCAUGCACGAGUGCGCUCUGCCAGAGUCGCUCACCUCACGUAGCCUCAGGCGAGCCCCACAUUGGUGCUUUUUCUUUUAUAGUGAUUAUUGUUAAUAUUAUUGUUAUUAUUAUAGUUAUGAUUCUCCAGUGUAGUGACCUGUAAUUUUGUCAGGUCUUGCACAGGCGUUUGGAAUUUUGACUUGAUUUCCUGUUUGGGUAUAUCUCUUGGUCUACAUUGCUGCAAACUUGUCACUUCAGUGAAAAGUCAAACAUUUUGAUAGCAUCUCUUUUCAAAUGGAAAAUAUCUUUAACACUAAUUUGAACAAAGCUGUCUGUUUCGAAACUCUGGCACUUGUGCAAUGGAAUGCCAUAUUUUGUCUCUCUAAAAAUGUAAUAACAGGUACAUGGAUAAUUUUGGAAGCACGCUUCAAAAAUAGAAAUACAGAAGAAAGUAUAUUGACAUUAAAAGCUGCACUGUUAUGCUUUAUCACUUAGAUGGGCUGUAGAUGGGCUGUAAAUAUUGCAUUUCAUUUGGUGCAGUGACCUGCAGACUAAACAUAGUGUCAAACGAUUGACAUUUUCCAACACAUUACAGAAAACUUGCAAAAUAAUCUUACCAGAGAUUCUUAUCUAAAACUAAGCAUCUAGGAGCAUUUUGAAAGCCACUCAAGGCCCGAAGCUUUAUAAAUCAGGUUGAUUUUAGAGCUCUCCAGAGGACUGCUGAGGAGAACGUUAUUAUUUCUUGUCAAAAACUGCGGUUAAGUUGGAGCCUUUGUCCAUUAUACAUUUGGAGUGCUGCAUCUUAAUCUCUCACAGGAAACCGAAGGCACAGUGGGGUCGUCCCUUUUGUUGCUCGGAGACCAGGCCUACCCUGUACCUCACUAAAUUGAACCAUCUCAAAUAUUAUGAAGUUCGUUAUGGAAAUGUAUAGUUAUAACAUGAUUCCACAUUUAUUUACACAAUGUUUCAUUUGAAAAAUAGGCUACUGCGCAUUUUCGGUAUUUUGCUUGUCCAUAAACAAUAAAAUCAGCAUGAGUAUUCUUUGAAGUUGUAUUUAAGGGUUAUAACGGCAAAGUACACAGCUUGAAGGUAAUGCUCUGUUGUUGUUUUUUAGGUUCUGCUAGACUAUUUGGGGAGUUUGAUUAUAGGGUGAUUAGCAAUACACAUUCAAUUGUACUUUUAAAGUAAUUUUUACUUGUAUUACUAAUAUUCAGAUAUAGCCUUGCAAAAUGUAACCUUUGGUUGACUUGUUCCAAUUAUAGCACUGUUAAGUAUCAAGUUCAACAUUUAGAAAAUUGCUGCUGUUCAUGUCCCCUGGGUUUUGAGCUGUCUGUGUUUUUUGUGUAAUGUGAGUGCUUCAAAAGUCAGUAGAAAGACCUCAACAACCCGGUGGGUCAACCUAGACCACUCUCAGUUUGGUUAAAUAAAUCAAGGGCAGAGAGUGCCAUAGAUUUGCUGUUGUGUUACCAUUUCUGACAUUAUUUUUAAGGGCUUUAAAACGUGUUGCCUCAAUUUGAUCUAUCCUCCUAUUAUUCUUAUCAAUACAUACAAUAGCCACAAAAGUAUUAGUGUACUUUGUACAUUAGUGUACUAUGUUAAAUGUCAUUGCAUUGGAUAACAAAAUAUCAAAUCAAGUACAGUAUUUUACAGGGCCGGAGUGGCAAUAGGGAAGAUCGGGAGAAUUCCCGCUGGGCCGGUCAAAAAUCGGUCCGGUUAUGUCCGCAUGUUGAUUGACAAACUUUCAUCAUAUGUCGCAUAACAAUUGACAACAGUCCGUAACAUCCGGUAUUUAAAAGAUCAGAAUUGCGUUCCGUGUUAUAGCGGACGCAGUCUGUAUUUUAUCAUCUCACCCAAACAAAUGAGAAAGUAGCCCGUGAGAGACCAAACUGAUGUGCUUCACUUGACAGCGCGGGAAGGAUCACGGAAGAUCCAUCGAGAACAGAUAGGCUACUAAUAGCUGAAUGGAUGAACGUGCUUCAGGUACAAGAUCAUCACAAGUUUAAUACUGACUGCAGUCUCACAAUCUCAAUUAAUCUCUGAAAUCCUCUUCCCUAGCAGUGCACAAUGAUAAUAGCAAAAUUAUUUUUUGUCACAAAAUAACAGAAUACUUAAAGUAAAUGUAUACAGAUGCAACAGCACGACAGGGAACGAAAAUAAUGGGACUUUACAGUCUCAAAAUAGUAAACUCGAUGAAACAAACGGCACAGAGUACCUUCAAUGUUGUAUCAUGCGAUAAAACCCUCUUAAAGAGACAGUAACCAUUUUGCCUUCGUCCUGAACAUUUACGUUCCAAGUAAAAGAAAAGUACAGCUGUGUUAUUUUUAGUCUUUUAUUUCACUCUUAUCAUUGUAAAAUGGCACGUUUUUGAAUGGCAUGUAAAAACUUAAAAACAAUCACUCAACUUUAAUUGUUUCACUGGAUCUGUUGCUAUUUUAAUGAUCUAAAAUACAAAGCACUGGCCAUUUAAAGUGUGAGCCUGUACAUCUUGAAAGAGUUAUAAACAGUUACAGUUCUAUAGUGUUAUUAUGUGCCUAGAUAGUCUAUAAAAUAAACUUAGUUUACCCAAAAAUUAAAUUUCUCUCAUCAUUAACUCACCCUCAUGCCAUCCCAGAUGUGUAUGACUUUCUGUCUUCUGCUGAACACAAAUUAAGCUUUUUAGAAGAAUUUCUCAGUUCUGUUGGUCCUUUCAAUGCAAGUGAAUGGUGAUCAGAACUCAGAAGGUACAAAAAUCACAUAAAUGCAGCAUAAAAGUAAUCCAUACAACUCCAGUGGUUUAAUCUAUGUCUUCAGAAGUGAUAUGAUAGGUGUGGGUGAGAAACAGAUCAAUAUUUAAGUGUUUUUUUUUUUUUUUUUACUAUAAAUUCUCCUCCCUGCCCAGUAGGGGGCAGUAUGCUUAUGUAAAUCACCAAAAACAGAAGAAGAACUCUUAUGAGAGAAGAGUGCUUAUGAAAGUGAAAGUGGAGAUUUAUAGUAAAAAAUGACUUAAUUAUUGAUCUGUUUCUCACCGCUUCUCAUUUACUUGCAUUGAAUGGACCAACAGUUCUUCUAAACAUCUUCAUUCAUGUUCUGCAAAAGAAAGUCAUACACAUCUGGGAUGGCAUGAGGAUGAGGAAAUGAUCAAAUAUCCCUUUAACAUUCACUUAUUUUUACAACACAUACAAUGAUGUCUUAUGACAAAGUGAAAAUCGUAGUGAAUGCCGUAUGUGGUAUAAUGACAGAGAGAGCUUAAAUAAUUUUCAAGUAAUUACAUAUAUUGCAUAUUUUUGCUGUGAUCUUGUUUUAUUGUUAUCAUCUUCACUUCCAAUCCCCCUUUUGGGUGUGGGCUGACUUGGACAUGACAUCCCGGGCUGAAUAUGAAUCCCACUCUGGCCCUGGUAUUUUAUUUACAACCCCAGUUCCAAAAAUGUUGGGACAAUAUGGAAAAUGCUAAUAAAAACAAAAAGGAGUGAUUUUUGUAAAUUCUGUUCACCCUGUGCUAUAUUGAAAACACUACAACAACAGAUUAUUUGCUUUUUUUACCUUGCAAAUUAAAUUAAAACUUGUCCCAUG